GAAUCAAUCACUAGUAAAGGCUACCCAGAGGAGAAUCACCAUGUUACAACUCAAGAUGGGUACAUUCUUACUCUUCAGAGAAUACCACAUGGUAGAAAUCAACGUUCCUCAAACGCUCCAAGAGAAGUGGUUCUUCUUCAACAUGGUCUAAUGGGUGAAAGUACUAAUUUCCUGGAUAACUUGGCGAAUGAAAGUUUAGCCUAUAUCCUAGCUGAUUCUGGUGCUGAUGUUUGGUUAUCUAAUAGUAGAGGUAACAGUUAUUCCAGGGCCCAUGUUCAUCUCAAACCAUCACAAGAGAUAUUUUGGGACUGGUCAUUUGAUGAAAUGGCACAAUAUGAUCUCCCAGCAGUAGUUGAUUACAUCCUAGCUGAAACAGGUGUCUCACAAAUCACCUACAUUGGUCAUUCACAAGGAACUCUUAUUGGUUUUGCUGGUUUCAGUCGAAACCAAACACUUGGAUCUAAAGUAAAACUGUUUGUAGCUCUUGCCCCAGUGGCCAAGGUUGGGCAUAUAAGAAACUUCAUGAGAUUUAUUGCCCCAUUCGCCUACGAUAUAGCGUUUUUAUAUCAUCUAUUCGGACGAGGAGAGAUCAUGUCAAAUAAACUAGAUUUAUUCCUAGCUAAAGAUGUUUGUGAAAAUAUUGAUAUUUUGUGUGAAAAUGUCAUCUUUCUAAUCGGUGGUUUCAAUCCUGGCAAUUUAAACAAGACACGAAUUCCAGUCUAUGUAGCCCACAACCCAUCUGGUACCUCCGUCCGUAACUUGAUUCAUUAUGCCCAGGGAGUGAGAACAGACACUUUUCAGAAAUUUGAUUUUAGAUCUGCAGAAGAGAAUAUCAGACAUUAUGGCCAGCCAACACCUCCAGUUUACCACCCCGAGGAAAUGCAGACACCAGUAGCUAUAUUUAGAGGAAAUAAUGAUUAUUUAGCUGAUCCAACUGAUGUCCAAUGGCUUCUACCGAAAUUACAAAAUGUGGUCUUUGAUAAGGAUAUUACCGAAUGGGAACAUAUGGAUUUUGUGCUGGGAAUGGACGCUCCCUAUCAGUGUUAUGAUGAUAUAAAAAGACUUAUAUUCACAAAUAAUACCAUUUAUUGA